UCCGAUUAUCAUCUUCUUCGCCGAGAUCUACAUCUCAAAAUUUCGAAACUUUCUCCAUCUCCGAGCUACCCUUUACCUCUCCAACCUUCAAUGUCACGAAUCCAUCUCCAAAUUUCACUUCUUCCACCAUUCUCCUAUGUUUAAUCCGAGUAGAGAAUGGUUCUUGGGCUGGUCAAAUUCACGGGACUAUCCACAAGAUUACUCAACAUAUGCGUCCAUUCCCUCUGCAAAUUCCGAAAACUCGAGAAAGCCGAGUCCUUGAUCACAGACGGAAUCAAACUAGGCGUCUCUCCCGAUGUCGUCACUUACAACACAUUGAUCACUGGGUACUGUCAUUUCGUCGGAAUCGAAGAAGCUUACGCUAUCACUCGUCGUAUGAGAGACGCAGGGAUUAGACCCGACGUAGCCACGUAUAACUCUUUAAUCGCUGGAGCGGCGAAAAGGCUGAUGUUGGAACGUGUCCUCCACCUGUUCGACGAAAUGCUUGAGUGGGGGAUAUACCCUGAUUUGUGGAGUUACAAUACUUUGAUGUGUUGUUACUUCAAGUUAGGGAGACAAGAAGAAGCCUUUCGUGUUCUUUACAAGGAUCUUCGCCUCGCGGGGCUGAGUCCUGGUCCUGAUACGUAUAAUGUGCUGCUUGAUGCUCUUUGCAAGUGUGGUUAUGUAGACGAUGCGAUUGAGGUGUUUAAAGAGAUGCAGAGUAGGUUUAAGCCAGGGUUGAUGACUUAUAACAUUCUUAUCAACGGGCUUUGUAAGGCCAGGAGAGUCGGUACUGCGAAAUGGAUGUUAUCAGAGCUUAAGAGAUCGGGUUACACUCCUAAUGCGGUUACGUACACGACGAUACUAAAGCUGUAUUUCAAGACUAGAAGGAUUAGAAGAGGGCUUGAGUUGUUUCUAGAGAUGAAAAGAGAAGGGUAUACUUAUGAUGGUUACGCCUAUUUCGCGGUUGUUAGUGCUUUGGUUAAGACAGGGAGGACGAAAGAGGCGUUUGAGUAUAUGCAAGAGCUGGUUAGGAAUGGUAGGAGGCAUGACAUUGUUUCGUAUAAUACUUUGUUGAAUCUGUAUUUUAGAGAAGGGGAUUUGGAUGCUGUGGAUGAUUUGUUAGGUGAGAUAGAGAGGAGAGGAAUGAAAGCUGAUGAGUAUACGCACACGAUCAUAGUCAAUGGGUUGUUGAGGACGGGACAGACGAGAAGAGCAGAGAAGCAUUUUGUAAGUAUGGGAGAGAUGGGUGGGAUUGGGUUGAAUCUUGUGACGUGUAACUGUUUGGUUGAUGGGUUGUGUAAAGCGGGUUAUGUGGACCGUGCGUUGAGAUUGUUUGAGUCGAUGGAAGUGAAAGAUGAGUAUACGUAUACUUGUGUUGUGCAUAAUCUCUGUAAAGAAACGAGGUUUGUUUGUGCUUCGAAGCUACUUUUGUCGUGUUACAGUAAAGGAAUCAAGAUUCCUUCGUCGGCGAGACGAGCUGUUUUGUCAGGUUUACGGAUGUCAGGGUGUUAUGGUGAAGCGAAAAUGGCUAAAGCGAAAAUGAAACUGACUCAGGUUGGGAAUUCAUGACGAUAUUUACACAUGCUGACACAAGUUUUGAAGUGGAACUGUAAUGUACUUGUUAUGUAACAAUGAAUGAAAUGAAACAAAGUCUGAUUCUUAGCACAUGGAAGAGCGAAAUCUUGGCUUUUUUGUGAAGUAAAAGGCUCUCUUUGCAGUGGUGUUGUGUGUUCCAGGAAGAAGUCUUUUUGCAAGGAUCUGUUACCAGAAAGCUAAGGUAAUGAUGAAGGAGACGAUGGUGAAGUUACAAACAUAAGUGUGGAACUAAGUCUGAGAGACCAUUUACGUUUGGAAUGGAAAGAACUCGGGUUAAGGCAAGGUAGAUUGAUGAAAGGUUCACACGAAGGAGAAGCUACUUGGAAAGAUAACUGGCGGAUCUUGUGAGUUGAGUAGUAAGUUGAUUAAUGUGUGUUGAGGUGGGAGCACUAAAAGGACAGCAAAGGAUAAUUCUUAAAUAAAGAAAGGAAACUGAAACUGAUUUGUAUUGUAAGAUUUUUGCAACGGAAGCUAAUUACUGAACUACUUCCAUCCCCUGUUGCUACUUGUCACAGAUUUGUGGAAUGUUACUUUUGAGUAAGUAACAUUCCACAAAAGUUCAUAGAACAUCUCAUGUACGAAUACACAAACAUUGUUUGUUUUCCCAAUCCCCAAUAUGGACUCAUACUAGAGAGUGCUGAACAGGAUGCGUUGGC